AUGGCUAAAUACUCCUCCUUCACUACCGCCGCCAUCACCCAUCUGCCGCUAGCUGUGGUCUUAACGGUUCUACUACUUGUAGCCGUGCCAAAAGCUCAUGGAGCUCGUGCUUUCUUUGUGUUUGGUGACUCGUUGGUUGACAAUGGCAACAAUAAUUACCUUAUCACUGAUGCCCGAGCUGACUCUCCACCGUAUGGCAUUGAUUACCCAACCCAUCGACCCACUGGCCGCUUCUCCAAUGGCUUUAACAUACCCGACCUUAUCAGUCAAAAGCUCGGGGCAGAGCCCACUUUGCCAUACUUGAGCCCGGAGUUGACCGGUGACAAACUAUUGGUCGGUGCAAACUUUGCGUCAGCCGGGAUCGGUAUACUCAACGACACCGGAAUUCAGUUUGCAAGUAUUAUAAGGAUAGGUCAACAACUAGAAAAUUUUCAAGAGUACCAAUCCAAAGUGAGUGCAUUGAUCGGACCGGACCAGACCCAACGGCUCGUGAACCAGGCUCUGGUUUUAAUCACACUAGGAGGCAACGACUAUGUUAACAAUUAUUUCUUGGCACCGGUUACUGCAAGAAGGCUACAAUACACCAUUCCUCAGUUUACUAAAUAUAUUAUUUCAGAAUACCGCAAGAUCCUUAUGAAUUUAUAUAAUUUGGGAGCUAGACGGGUUCUAGUAACAGGAUCUGGUCCAUUAGGUUGUGUUCCAUCCCAGUUAGCCCUAGCGGCUGCAAAUGGUGAAUGUGCAAAUGAGCCACAACAGGCUGCGGCUUUGUACAACCCCCAACUCGUGCAAAUGAUCCAGAGCCUCAACCAGGAGCUUGGGUCAGACUACUUUGUCGCGGUCAACGCAAUGCUAAUGCAAAAUGACUUUAUCAGUAACCCUCAAGCCUUUGGUUUUAUAACAUCAAAAGUUGCGUGUUGCGGACAAGGACCGUAUAAUGGAGUUGGCAUUUGUAACCCGACAUCAAAUCUUUGUGACGAUAGGGAGAUAUAUGUAUUUUGGGACCCAUUCCAUCCAACCGAACGCGCAAACAAGAUCAUUGUUGAAACAAUUUAUUCUGGUUCCGAGAAGUACAUGCAUCCGAUGAAUCUAAGCACCAUCAUGGCCUUGGAUUCUAUGAUCUAAUAGCCUUAUAUCUACAUAUGUUUAUUAGCCUUGUGUGUCUUAAUUAUUAAUAUUUUUGGUGUGACAUCAACUAAAUUGUAACAAAAAUGUAAUUGUGUUUAUUGCAUGCAACUUCCCAGUGAGAAACAUAUAUAUAUAUUCUGAAUUUCAGUGAGGAA